AUGAGCUCGAAUCAGUUCCAGCCGUCUCAGGGCAGCCAGAAGCCUGAUACCAAGGCUCCUGCCGUUGCUGAACAACCCAAUUCCAGCAUGCGCAGUAACUCUUCUCUUAACCCCGACAUUGCCCCUUGGACCCCAGCUUUGGUUCCUGAAGGCAUGCCUACUGUUUCUCAGCAGGCCCUUCAUGGUUUUCAUAAUUCUUACAACUUGCAUCAGUCAGAGCCCCUGAACACGACUGAGUAUGUCGGUAACAUGCAAUCCCACACUCAUUUCGGUCAGCAAGUCGGCCAAGAAGCUGCCAUCGUGCAUAAUGAACAUCAGCAAGAUGCGGAGAUGGUCGAACCCCUAUACCGUACCUUGUACGAUCCCAGCGGCAUGGUGAUCCCUCAAGAGAAUCUUCUUGACACUGCCGGUAUCUCUAGCACUAUCUCUGGCAUUCAUGUCCCAGGCCACAUUGUUGGCCUUGGAGGCCCUUCUGGCUUCCCGCCCCCCAUCCGUCCAUUUGAACCAGCUCAUGGACUGAUGAACUCACAGCCUCGCAUUGGGGCGCCCGAUAUUUUUGACUCUGGUGGCACCGAUAGGUGCAUUGACCGGACCGGCUUCAUGGGAGAGACGGUUCACAACACUGGACUAACAUCGCUUGCUGGAAGCCCUUUGAAACAUUCCUACAGCAGCAAGGACGGAACUGCCGGUAAGAUCUCGUUGCCUUUCCCUCACGGCUUCUCUCAGCCAACUCAACGAGGUGGCCUUGUCACCAGCCAUUCAGCUGGCAUCAUUGACCUUGACAUGACUCCGACCCCUAUCCGAGCUCGGUCCUUGCAAUCUCAGGAUACUCCUUGCACUACUCGUUCUGCAGGCUUGAACACUAUUUACAAAGUCCCCACCGGAUAUCAAGCCCCCCCGGCUUCUGAGAACCGCAUCACUGGUCCCCAGACUGUUGGUUUGCGUGGUGUUCCAGCCCCUCCCCCUCGAUUCAACCUUGACUCGGUUCAGGGUAACGGCUCCGUCGAGAGCGUCCAGAUUCCCUUUAUUACCACUCGUGCCGAAGUCAUUGCCUUCCUUGGCCGCAAUUCAAAAAUUCUCAACGACUUUGAAGAGCCUGUGCAUAUUAUCAUGGACAGGGUUUCGAGCAAGACUAACGACGCCUAUGUCGAAUUUCAGACCAUGGCCGAUGCCGUUUCUGCUGUCGAUCGCUUCGUUCUGAACUUUAGCAAGGGAAAGGUAGGUCGCCUGGGAGACCGCCCGAUCAGCGUUGAGCUGUCAAGCCAGAGUUCUCUCAUGAAGGACCUGUUUCCUUUUGCUUCCGGACUUCGCUGGGAGGGCAUUCAUCCGUACAUGACAGGCCGCCGCAAAGAUGGUGCUCCCUAUGGUCAGUUCACGGGCUUUGUGACAGAGGAGGAGAUGAUCAUGCUCGUCAAGCAUGUCGAGAUGCCCAAUAGAUCUCCCUUCGCCAAGGAAUGCCCUCAGCGAGCGUUCGAGUGCCUCAUCAGCACGCUGAAGAAGCUUCCUUGGGACUGCCACGACUUCAUCACGGUGCGCCAGCGCGCGGCCAUCCAUCGAGCUACUGUGGAACUCGUGCGCAUCUUGUUCUUUAAGGUCCGCAACCAUGUCGACGAGGUGAAUCUUACAUCGCAGCUGCUGAAACGGCUGGUGCUCAGCGCCAUGACCUGCGCGGGGUUUACCCCUCUUCAGAAGGAUGACAUUGCCUACAUUGUCGAGAUGGACUCCAUGCAGUCACGAUCGCACGGGCAACCUCGCUUUGCUGAUUCUUGGUGCCAUCUCUACGCACUGAGCCCGAAGCCUGACGUGCCGCUGGACAUGCUCGAGUGGUACAUUGCUCUUAUUCGUGAGGAGACGAACCGCACCGUCGCCGCCCUCCCCAUAGGCCACCGAGCUGAGCUGGAGCGCUUAGCUGGCUACACUGAUGGAUACUUUGGCUACAUGUGGGCCGAAAUCCAGCGUCCCUUCGGCGCUUUGACCGACCAGAUGACUCUGGGCGCCUGCGCCCGUGCUGAGAUUAUGGCCAUUGAGCAGAUAAUUCGCCGUGCACUUGACGGCUGA